GCGGACGAGCCUGGUCGCCUGGGAAACCGCGUGACAACAAGAUGGCGGUGCCGCGGGCCGGCUCCUCGGCCCUGCCCGGGAGUUCCUGACAACUAAGAUCUAGAAGAACUAUGAGCUCACCUUUGUCCUCCCUUGGCAAAACCAGGAAGGUGCCCCUGCUGUCGGAACCUGUGAACUCAGGAAGGCGAGGGAUAAAACUCUACGGAAACGAAGAGGCAGUGAACGUGCUGAAUGAUGGACAAGGCUCAGAAGAAUCGUUCUCUGUCCCUUCCUGCUAUGGCGGCAUAGGAGCUCCUGUGGGUAGGCAAGCCGCUGGGUCCCACAAUGGGGAGCUGCUGAGCACCAUGGCAAGGAAGGUGCAGGAUCUGGAGGAGCAGGUGAAGGACCAGAACAACCAGAUGCUGUCCAAGGAUGAGAAGAUACAGUCCCUCGAGGAACUGGUGGCGACCCUGCAGGAGCAGAAGGGCAAGAUGUCCCUGCAGCGGCAGGAGGAGCUGGAGAGCCUGUGCGAGCAUCUGCGGCGGCAGGUCGGGGAGAUGGAGCGGUUCCUCGGUGACUAUGGUCUGCAGUGGGUGGGCGAGCCCAGGGACCGUGAGGACUCGGAGGACAUGACAAGCUCAGAGGAUGACACGGACUGGAUGACAGCCAAGAAGUUCUGGAAGCCAGCAGCGGAUUCAUUGGUGCCCCCUGAAGUGGACUUUGAUAGGCUGCUGGCCAGCCUGAAGGACCUCAGUGAGCUGGUGGUAGGCAGUGACACCCAGCUGACACCAAUGCCCGGUGGAGCACGGCUCCACGAUCUUGAGCCCAUCCCAGUGAAGCUGUACCGGAACGGCAUGAUGAUAUUUGAUGGGCCCUUCCGAUCGUUCCAUGAUCCCUCCACACAGAGAUGCCUCCGAGACAUACUGGACGGCUUCUUCCCUGCAGAGCUCCAGCGCCUGUUCCCUGAUGGGGUCCCCUUUAAGGUGAGUGACCUGCGCAAUCAGGUUUACCCAGAGCAUGGGCUGGACCCAUUCCCAGGUGAGGGCCGAGUGACAGGCAUGCAGAGGAUUCGAAAGCCCUCAGUCAUGAUGGAGCACCCAGGUUCCAGGAUGACUCUUGAGAAGUUUCUGAACAAGCUCCCCAAAUUUGUGAUCCGUCAAGGCGAGGUGAUUGACAUCCGGGGCCCCAUCCGGGAUGCCCUGCAGAACUGUUGCCCAUGGCCUCUCCCGGUCCAGGAGAUCAUGGUGGAGACGCCUGCCUUGGCUGCUGAGCGUAAGAGGAUCCAAGAGUCUCCUGAGUCGCCUGAGCACCCGCUCUCCAUGCUGCGCAUCAAGUCUGAGAACGGUGAGCAGGCCUUUCUGCUAAUGAUGUGGCCUGAGGACACUGUUGGUGAUGUGAGAGCCCUGCUCGCGCAGGCCAGGGGCAUGGACCCAAAUGCCUUCGAGAUCUUCAGUGCGUUCCCGCCCACAGUCUACCGCGAGGACGAGCUCACGCUGCAGGCCGCCGGACUGGUGCCCAAUGCAGCUCUGCUACUGCGGGCGAGCCGGGCCCUGCCGCCCGCCACUGGACCCCAACCAAGCCCCCAACCCAAAUAAAGCGCCCGCCCCCAUACCAGCUGCUUCCUGAGGCUCCUCUGUGGGACAGCCCCACUGGGCACCAGGGGAGGCUGGGGCCCAGCUGGGUCGGGGAGGGGGCGGCGCCGACCGGCCCUCUCAGUAACUUGAGCCCCAGCUGGCAGGCCUGGCUGCUGGGUCUUUGUCCUCUAGGUUCCUCUUUCUCCAUAGAAGGGUUAAGCGGAUCCAGCGAAGGGAAGGCGGGCCCCAGCACAGGCUCAGCUGGGGCAGCCAGCAGAUCCCUGUACACAGAUAUGCACAGAACCACAAGCGGGUGGGGACACUUCAAUACUAUGCACAAAGGCACGGCUCCCAAACUGGCAGAACUACAGCUGUGUACCCAUUCCCAUGACACACCCACACUGAGCCAACCUGCUGGAACACAGGCAGGCAGCCACAUGGCCCAGCCACAUUACUGACAGACAUGCAAAUGUGCACCACACACCAGGGCACAGGUGUGUCAUGGACCAUCACAUGCAUAGGAACUGGAAGGGGACCCACCCACAGUUUCCAGAAACCAUUGGUCCACACAGGUAUGUGUGUGCUGGACACAUAUCCAAACACAUGCACUAUCACACACAAGUGCCACACGGGGGUACAGCUCAACCAACCUGCCCUGCCC